AUGAGAUCUACUGGCAAGGAUUACCUCCUCUUCAGGUAUUUGCACUCUGGAGUCUGGAGUCUCUGGGAUUCUGCUAGGUUGUUGGGCAGUCUCAUUCUCGCAUUCAAGUCUGUCUGCGUAAACCCCCGAAAGGCAUGGGCAAUCCGCAGCGGAAGGGAAAAUCCAGGGGACCUCACCAAACCUGCCUGUCUGCUACGCAGUAACCCGCCAACUAACGCGCCUUUUGGGUUUGGGCGAGGUGGUAGUGCAGACGAUCCAGCUCACCCCCGCGUCCACCUUGGCUCCUCGUCGUUCGAUCCUAAAGCGGGAUACAGGAGAAAAGAUUUGGAAACCGAGCUGCUCAUGAUUAUGGAGUCGUGCUUUGAGAGCCGCAAGGCCCGCGGGCCUAUCAACUCUAUGCAAAGAAACGAAGAUCGCCAGAACACAGCGCUCGAGAUCGGCUACUCGGCAGGCUCUCUCCUCGUUCUUGUUACAGGCCUCCAGAGUCAGUCAUCAUUCGAGUGUGCCGCUGCCGUUGCCGUUCCGUGCGUGCCUAUCCCAUCCCAUCUGUCCAUUUUGGAGAGAGCGCAGCAGCAAAUCACUCGCCAGUCGCCCUUGCUUCUUCACACUGGGGGCCGGAGCUUAAAGACAAACGAUCCUGGGCGCACCUCCUCACCAGAGUCACCACAGAGAGAAAAGAAGCUUGCGGCCGACCAUGGUGCACCGCAGCCCACAGGGUCCAGACCAUCCCUGCAUCCCUGGCUGAGCCUAGAUCCUGGUCCUGGCCUGCCGCCCGAAGGCAGAGGGGGGACAGCGGCCGGUCCCCCAGCACCCGCUUUUUGUGAGGGAAAGCAGAGAACAGACCAGAGGGGAUCUGAGAGAGACUUAGACAAGGAGGACGAGCAUGGCCCUGGGCCCUUGAUGGCUGGCUGCAGUGGGCUGGCUAGGUCUCUCUCGAGAGAAGACGGAGCGAGGGCCAAAAGGUGCGAACAGAAACGCCGCCGUCUUGGCUACUCACGGAUACCCAGUCCCAUUUCUGAUCAGACCCCAUCUCUCCUCACUCCGGACGAGUCGAGGGUGUCUCUUAUUCUUCCUAUAUUACUUUCAGACCUCGCUCGCCUUGGCACGUCAAAUCCCACGAACACCUACCUCUUCCGUUCUGCUCUCAGCCGUCUAUCCUUCCGGUCCUCCUCGCUGCCCCCGGGUCUCACAUCUUCCAUUAGUCGCCCCGUCCCAUCUUCUUCAUUCCUCACAACUUGGGAACACACCAGAGCCCGUUACUUGUUUUGUUUCACUCGCCUGCGAGCUUUCCCGCCCUCCAUUACGCUGACUUUUCUGCGCUCGGUUUCGCGCCUCGACUUGUCUCUGGUUGCCCUGCCGCUGUCACCGGAUCUCUUUUCCUCUAAUAAAUUGGCUUGCCCAGACCUGGACAUAUAUCCCUUCACGUCUCGGCACACCCCGCAUCCAUUCAAGCAUCUUAAUACAACACCACUGCCCUCCACCUUGAACUGCCACCUCCCCUACUGGUCAUUUACAAUCAUCGUAAAUUGCCGAACACCGCCUUGGCUUGAGAAUAUUGUCAACAGGUUAAUCGCAUCAACUCAGACGACCUGCUUCGUUGGAGGAAAGGCAAAGAAAAGGAACCAGGAGGCUUUCUUUGUGGCUAGAACUACUUCGACAUCGACGGACAUCGUGGGAAACAGACUUGCCAACACGACGACAAAGACGGAAUCUCUUCGCGCAUCAAAACACCAACUCUUGUAUACAUCACAAUCACCAAUUACCAACCCUAAUCACCAAAAGAAAAUGAAGCCUUCAUCACUACUCUUCGCCCUGGGCUUCACCCAGUUCGGCCUGGCUGCUCCCGUCCCAUCAACCAUUUCAGAUAUGGUCUCACACGUCAAGACCGAGGCACGUCGUCUGACGAGGGUAACACGCGUGUCUAUGCACCGCACACGGCCCAUCUCUGACGUAUAUGACAUCGAAACCGAGUUCAACAACGAGCCAGUAACACCAUCCGAGGACAUGCCCCCGUCAAUCGUCCUCGCCGCACCGCGGCCUCUGAAAACCAGCUACCUCCAAUCCCUGUCAAGGCACCCAGCACCUCACGGCAAGGACAGAGUGGUGGACGUUGUGGGUGACGGAACCCCCGAGACGAUUACGCCAAUGUCGCUCAAGGAUGGCCUGGCGGAGCUGCUGCCUUCUGGUCGCCUGCCGUCCUGGAAGCAAAUCACCCGGCCGACAAUGAGGAUCUUUGAGCAGCACCCCGAUCUGAUUGUUCUCGGCGCCGUCAUUGCCCUCGUUCUCGUCCUUUUGGUGCUGGAGUUUGUCGGUACUACCUUCCAAGGAGUACGCCAGCACUAUGACCCGCAAGGAGUGAUCCGGCUAGAGGUGGACGAGAAGGCGUGCAAGACACCAUCGUUCCGAUGUGACUCGGUGCCUUAUCAUGACGAGGAGGGGCAGGAUGCCGAAGAACCGAGACCAUGA